AUUUUUUACAUUUUUCUUUGUGUGUGUGCGUGCGUGCGUGCGCGCGUGUGUGUGUGUGUGUUAUGUUAAAAUUCGUUUUACCUUUUUGGUCGUAAAUAUUUGCCAACUGAAGACAGAGCUCUGAUCAGCAGCAAAACGUUGCGACCAAACAGAUAACAAUGAACAUAGCGCAUAGAAAAACAAUUAAAGCAUAUUUCAGAACAGUAAUACCACAUUCAACCCGCCUUACUAUUGUUGGUAAAAAUGCACGUGGACGCGCGUUUAUCGAUGAUCCGUGUCUUUACUGUCAUUGUUUACGUUCCUGCGACAGCCGACAGCGACGGACAAUAAUAUGGCAGGCAGUACAGCUGAUGCUGCAGGAAUGGCAGCAACACAGGCAACAACCGCAGCAGCAGAUUGACCGCCUUCAACAAGCGAUUAAUCUGCUGCUGCAAAGAACGGCAGCGGGAGCAACCGCAGCAAAAGCAAAUGCAGCAGGAGCAAUCCGAGCAGCAGCAGCAGCAGCAAUUGCAGCAUCAGCAGGAAAAGCAACCAAGUCAAGCUCAGGAGCGGCAGCAGAAUAAUAGUAAUAUAAUAUUUAUAUUUAAAUGUAUAUAUGCAAAAACACAAAUACACAAACACACACACACAAAGUAAA